UACAGUCCGUUAUAUCAGUCACAAAAAAUUCUCUUUCAGUUUUAUAAAACAAAACAAUUAUGAACUAUUAAUGAUCAAUUAUUGAUAAUACACCAUCUAAAGUAAUAUUUAGUCGAAUAGUACUCGUUAAAAUAUGAUUGUAUGUGUGGUAUUUUAAUUUUAUAGUUUGAUGUUAAAAAACUAUUGAUGAGUAAAACAGCUGACUAAUGUGAGAUAUCAAACCAUCAUCAAUUGUACCGCAGGUGUACCUGUGUUUUUCAGUUGUACUGUAAUUAAAAUAUAUAUUGUCUCUUUAUUGAUAAUAGAAAUUUCCUAAAAAAUUUUUUACAGAAUUUUACAAAAAUUUAGACACGUCUGCCUUAGUGCAGCUCGUGGUGGGAAUUUACCAUCAUGGAGCAAAUGAUUACUUUGAGUACACAAAAUCCCUUGUCUCUACUUAUGAAAUUCGGAAUGAUGGCUUGGAAUAGUACUUGUGGCAGUGAUAAUUGUUCUGGUCACGGUGAAUGUCACAAUGGAACUUGUCUGUGUGAGAUCCAAUUUGAUGGAAGUGAUUGUCACUCACCCAAUUUUAGCUAUUAUGUAGCUUUCGCAACGAUGUUUUUUAUUCUGGCGUUUGUUUGUUUAACACAACUAGUUAUGUGUAUUAUAGCUGAAUGGCAGAAAAUGAAAGCACCAUCGUUUUUAAGAGCUUGUAGAGUUACUACUCAAAAAGUUCUUUAUUUUAUUGUUUUUUUAGCUACUGCAGUCCGAGGAGCUUACUUUACUUGUCCGACAGCAUUCAAAGAAAGUUGGGCAAGAACAUUGUCAUCUAUUUAUUAUCCUCUUCUCUUAAGCGGAUCAUCUUUAAUUGUUUGUUUUUGGGCUGAAGUAUUUCACAUACGUGACAUACGAACUGAUAAGCCACAAUUCUUAUCAAAAUCAUUCUUAGGAUUUGUUGUUUUCAACAUUAUUACAUACUCUUUACUUUUGGCUGAGCUAAUCGUAUCUCAAAUGAAUUCUGAAGUCGAUCAAAGUUUUUACAUUCACAUUUUUAAUGGCUGCUAUGCGGUACUUUUGUUUAUAGUCGUAGUGUUUUAUUUAAUCUAUGGAGUUGAAGUAUUUUUCAAGAUUCGUGGAGGCUUUUUAACUCAGCAUCCAGUUACUUCAAUUUCUACAAACAUACGCACACCCCAAAAUGUUAAAAAUGUUGAAGAGUCAGUGACUGCUAAACUUUUUGAACCGAUUCCAUCGACAUCAUCUGAACCAAUUAAUUUACAACAAGUUAAUACUUCUCAACUGCAUCAAUCUCGAUUUGGAAUUUUAUCACAAGCAUUUAUGCUCUUUGUUGUCGUUGGAUUUCUCUUUAGUGAAACACUCAGCGAAUUUUGGAAGACGAAAGUUCCUUUAUACAGUCGUAACUGGCAUAAUAUUCUUUUUCGUGUUAUUGAAGUUGGAGUAGCUUUAUGGUUUCCUUGUGUACUAUGGAAUUGUAUGAGCCCAGAACAACUAUGGAUUCUUAAUCCAAAAAGAAUUCUUAAACGAUUGGAUUUAGAUCAGUCAAAGUACACAAAAGAAAUUGAAUUGCAAGAAAAACGUGAACUUGUAGAUACAAAACUACUAUCUAGUAGUGGAUCGCUCAAUAGUAAAGAUUGUUGGAUUUGUUAUGACAAUGAGACUCAGGAUGCUGGACCAUUAAUUCAACCGUGUCAAUGUCGUGGUGAUGUUAGUACCGUCCAUCAUGACUGCUUACGCAGAUGGCUUGUAGAGAGUUCAAUGAAUGCUGAUAGUUUAAUCUGUAAAGUUUGUGGUACGAAAUAUAAUGUCGAACACGCAACUAGAUUAGACUGGCAACAUAGUUGGACUCCUCGUCAUUGGAUGCAAACAAUUGCAAUUAUUACAACAAUGUGUGGCACAUUUGCUGGGGCUUGGAUACUUAUACAAUUAGUAGAAAGUCCAAUUAUACGAAUGUUAUCUGCAGGUGCAGCUCUUUUGGUUAUGUACGUCUGUAUAAGGUUAUUGAGCUUAAAUACAGUUGUUGCUUAUCAGCGAGCUAAAAUUUCUGCUCUUAAUAUAGUCAGUGCUGACAGAAUUAACAAAAAUGAGACUGUUAAUACAGUUAGUAAUACAGUUGCAUUAAACUUGCCAAAAACCAAUUCUGUAACAGUAUGAAUGAACGAAAAUUUUGACUUUACUAAGUAGAGGUAUUGAUCAUUUUAUUUUUUAAGGGUUGUUAAAAAUUUGAACAAUUAGUUAAUAUUAACGUCAAAUUACUAGUUUGUUAACCAAAAAAUAUAUUUUUCAAACUCAGUAAUCAAUAUUAUUUUGUUAUGAUUAUUAUAUGUCAUGAAAAAUCAAUCGAGUAUUACAUUAAUUUUAAAAAUUUC